AUGCCAUUACAACCUGAUGAAAUUUUUAAUCUAAAAAUUGAUGAUGUAGAAGUGGAUGAUGUAGAAGAAGUGGGUGAUGUAGAAGAAGUGGAUGAUGUAGAAGAAAUGGAUGAAGGAAAAGAAGUAGAUGAUGAAGAGGAAGUAGAAGAGGAAGAGGAGAAUCAUAGAGAAGUGAUUGUGGUGGCCAGUCAAAUGCAAAUUGAGGAUAGAGCAGUUACAUUCAUAAUUCUAAAAGACAUUAUUAACGAUACAAUUGAAUGGUUUAUUGACGAAUUUAAUAAAUCCACCAACAAUAUUUCAAAAACUAGAGUCCUGCCACAGCUUAUACUUGUAGUACAUGGAAUUCAAGAAAUAAUAUCUCGACACAAGAAAAUAUCAACAUCCGCAGUUAAAUCGACAAUGCCCUUCUCUUACGAGGAUUAUAAAAAAUCACCUUGGCUUGUGAACCAAUUCGUGAGUACAGCCGAUUAUAUUAUUGAAGCAGCUAAUGAUUACAGAUUGCUAACACAAGAAAUAACUCAAGAUGCAUUAGAUAUAUUAGUCAAAAAUAUUACGAUCAAAAAUAUAUUCAGUGAAUAUUUUAAUAGUUUACACGGCCUUUUCAGUUCUGUUACAGAGAAAAUUAUGAGAACAAUAUAUGAUGAAAAUGAACAUAAACGAGGACCAUUCAAAAAUACCAAAAGCGUCAAAGAUAUCACUAAAGAUAAAAUAAAUGCAUAUAUCACAUUACUAAGGGAUAGAUUUAAGGGACCUUCUGAAAAAAUGAGCGAUACAAAAGAUCAAGUUGGUGGUGAUCAAAUUACAAAGAAUUAUAAAUUAGCACAGUGGAUAUUUUAG